AUGAGGCAAAACGAAAGCACUGUCUCUGCCAAACAUGUUCAGCCGAACCGGUGGCCCGCUGGGUCACAAUCGCAUUCCGCUUCUAUAGCCCUCAGCUGGCCUGGCGCGCGCUUAUGCAAAGCGAGCGAGGCGAAGUUUGAGGAGUCGAAAAGCGGCAUGUGGGCAAAUAACGGGUCUUCCAUGCUCGCUUGA